UCUCUUUAACGCCAUGUUGGCUGUUAUGGCUUGACUUGUUUUCAUCAGACUUUUUACUACGAACCUGACAGGAGUGGUAGCGUGAAGAGAAAAAAAAAAGAAGAAAAAACACCCCCCUUUCUGGAGACCAUUCCGUUUUUUAUUGAGGCGUAAUUUGGAUGAUAGGCGCGGAGGAUGCAUGCGUCGUUCGUGUGACUUUGUAUUUGGAGGGAAUACUACUUUGGAAUAGCAGUUUUUAAAGGGACCGACACCUUGUUUUGUUUUUUUCCAUUUUCUUUCCUUUCUUUUUGCUGCGUUUUUUUUUUCCUUCUCUCUUGUCAUAUGUGCAACAACAUGUCAGACGUUCGCCUCUCUAACGCGAGCCCCACGGUGGAGCGGGUGGACGCGCGGCAGCUGGACAACGCCAGGUCGGUCCGCAGGGUGCUGUUCGGCACACCUGAUCCGGAGGAGACGCGGAAGCAAGCGGAGGCUCUGCAGCUGCAGUCCGUGGAGGCUUUUAGGGACAAGUACAACUUCGACCCGGUGGAAGACAGGCCGCUCUCUCCGGGGCUCUACGACUGGCAGGAGGACGAAGACGCGCCGGAGUUUUACCGCAGGCCACCACGGUGGAGCCAGCCGCCCCGGGGACAGGCAGGCGAAGGCAGCCGGGAGACGAGGAGGGAGAGGCGGUCGGCUCACACUAACGGUUCGCGGAAACGAUCUUUACAAUCUGCAGGUCAUUGCUCUGACGAUUGCACGAGUAACGGCAAAAAGUCGCAUUCCGACAAAGACGACGAUGAAGAGCAGGCGCUCGGUGCAGGAAGCCAGGCAGAGCAGCAGCAGGAGGAGGAGGAGGUCCCAUGCUGAACGGUGCCAGAGCGCUGAGACCUGCCGCUGUAGGCUUCCUCACCAUCUGACAGAAGACGCGGA